AAAAAUAAAAUUAUAAAAAAAAAUAUUAUUUAUAAUAAUUAAUUAUUAAUAAAAAGUACAAAAAUAAAUAUGUUGCGAUCUUUUAUUUUAUUUCAAUUAAUAUUUAUAUUAACAUUUAAUUAUGUAAUAUCGGUAUCAUCAUGGAAACCGAUUGCAUCACCAGCAACAUAUGUUAUACAUCAAUCACAUCCAUCAAUCGGUUCUGUAUCACAUACAAGUAAUUCUAUUAGUACAGAUGAUGAUACAACUGGUAUAGCUGGAUCAGGUGGACAUCAUGGAUCAACAUUAAUUGGACAUGAUAGUGAUAUUGAUUAUCAUGGUUUUAAAAAUGAUGGAAGAAUAUUAACUGGAUUAGGUGAACCAGUUUAUGGUGAAGAGGAUGCAUGCAGUGUCGAUAAAUAUGCUUUCGAUCAUGAAGGUACAGUUCAAUAUCGUAAUAAAUUACCAAAAAUGGAUCAAUAUACAAUAUGUUUUUGGAUGAGAUUUACAAAUCAUAGUGGUGAUCAUACACUAUUAACAUAUUCAGUUGACGGAGAACCUCGUGAGAUUCAAUUGUGGGUUGCAAAUGCUAAAGGUUCAAGUUAUAUUUCAAUGGCCAUACAUGGACAACAAAUUUUCAGAUUAAAUUAUCCUCUUAAAAUGAGAAAAUGGCAUCAUGUUUGUUCAUCAUGGAAUGGAAAAACUGGUGAAUGGCAGCUUUGGGUAAAAGCAGAACGUGUUGGACGUGGGUUCCACAAUAGGUUGGUCGGAUAUCAUAUACCAGCACAUGGAUUAUUAUAUACAGGUGGACCAUCAAUAACUGGUCAUAUAGCAGAUGGAUUACAUUUUGAAUUCACAUUAUUACAAAUUUAUAAAGUAGCACUAUCAGCUGGUAAAGCACAUCGUGAUCAUAAACAUCAUCAUGUACAUCAUUUUAAUCAUGAUGGAGUUGCAACAACAACAACACUACCACCACCAAGAAAUCGUCCAUCACCAUUACCAAUGAAUCCAAAUUUAGCAAAUGGACAAAUACCAACACGUGUUCGAAUUAAUUUAGCAAAUCCAGCACAACAACAACAAAAUCAACAACAACCAUCUGUACAAGGUGUACCAUCACAAUUAAUAGGAGGAUCAUUACCGCUGAUACAAGGUGGUGGUGGUGGCGGUGGUGUUGUUUCACCACAAGCAACAAUAAGUACAAAUUUUAUUAAUGGUCAAUUUCAUACAAAUUCAAGAUUAAUUGCACAACAAUUAGCAUCAAAUGGUAUUGGACAAAGACCAUCAGGAUCAAUUUUAUCAUCACAAUUAAGUUCAGUAUCAUUACAACCACAACCAUCACAACAAACACCUACAUUAUAUAUUCAUGCAGCUCAGCCUGCUUCAAUAUCAACAAAUAGUUUUAGUGGUGUACCAUCAGCACAAUUUUCAUCAGCAAUACAAUUUCCAGCUGAUACAUCAUCAGCUUCAUUAAAUCCUAAUAGUCAAUCUUCAUCAGGUUCAUCAUCAUCUUCAUUAUUAUUCGAUCCAAAUCCAAAUACAUCUAGAUUUGUUUUUAAGAGAGAAACUGUUGCCAAAACUAGUAGUAGCACAAAUAAUAAAACAAAAACUAUUAGAAAACGUGAUACAAUGAUGGCAUCAAAAACAAAACGUGGUCUUGUUAUGCUUAACGAUGGUUCAGUUGUUGAUGAUACAUUAUUAGCACAUGGUUAUGAAUUUCAAGGUUUAGCUAAAUUCGGUCAUUUAUCAUUUAAACAAAAUUUAGAUAGUAAAUCAAAUCUUGAAGAUGAAAUUAAAGAACAUGACAAAGAACCGGCUGAAGAAGAAGUUAAAGCUGUUAUGCAAUUAUGUACAUCAUGUGAUUCAGAACCAUUUAAAGGAGCAAUUGUAUUUGCAUGGAAUGAUGCUAAAACAAUACAAGAUGGUACACUUAAGGGAAGAAGUGUGGGUGGUUGUGGUUAUUUUUAAAAUUUCUCUCUCAUUAGAAUUUAGAAAAGAAAAAUAAACAAACCUUAUAUUUUUUUUUUGUUGUAUUAUAAUUAUACUAUUAAUUAUUAUGUAGGUGUGUAUGUAUGUAUAAAAUAGAAUGAUCCAAGUAUUAUUGUAUUAUUAUUAAAAUAAUUUUCUUUAAUUAAAUUAAAUUACAUAAUGUAGGAAAUAAUAGAAAUGUAGAGGAAGAGAAAUCGUUUGUACUAUUGUUUACCACGCUGUACUAUCUACUUACUUCAUAUUUUUCUUAAUUUUAAAUUCUAUUACAUAUAUACAUACAUAAUACAUUGCAAUUAAAAGAGAAAUUAUAUAUAAAAAAAAUAGCACAGCAAAAGCUCUAGUCGUUCUUGCUCUCAUUCAUCAUAUCAUAUCAUAUACAUCCGCUGUAUAAACAUGAGUUGUGCAUUUAAAAUACAAAAAACAAAAAUUUUAAACAAAUAUGGAAGGGAUGCCAAAUGAUCCAAUUAUUUUUGUUUUGUAAAUUUUUCACAUUUCAUUUUUUGUUUUAAAUUUUUUUUAUUUCUAAUUUAUUUUAACUAUGAUGAACUCAUAAUUUUUUUUUUUACAAUAAUUCCAUUGCAUUCCAUUGUAAAAAUAGAUUUGAUGCAACAAAAUUUUAUUGCUAUCA